AAGCACAAAAGUCAAAGCGCAGUUCGCUCUACGGACCUCUACGAGUCGCUAGACUGUGUGUUCUCAGUAUACUUGUGCCAGGACUGCUGCUGAGUAUCCCUCUCUACAUGAGGUACAAUGUCUACAUUCAGCAGGCCUACCCUGUGGGCAUGUCUGACGUGAGACUUCUGGACCACAGGAUAUCUACCACCUGGUGUCAGAGGCAAGUGGUGUGGUCUAAUGCGACUUACAACGCAUUCCUGAUGCAAGAACAGCCAGAGAUACGGCCAGACACUGUCAAAGUGUCCAUGACUCGACACUUGGUGCUGGAAGAUGAUAUGAAAGAGUAUUGGGGAUUCUAUCUACUCAGGGGCUCAACAGUAACUGUAUCUACAUGUGUCAGGUGGCCUGGAGCAAGUCUGAUCAUGAUCAGAGGACACAAACACCUUAAGCAGUGUGCUUAUAUCGGAGAUGACUCCUCAGAAGAACUGGAUGAGCUCUUUGAAGGGGAUGGUGUAAACAACACAUCACUUGACAACGAUAUAUCCAACAUACCAAGGACCAUGAAGAAAGUCCGGGAUGGAGUGGUAAUACAAGAUAUGCCCGAACACAUUGACAUUUCCUCAGUUCAUCACCAUCGCAAACAGUUCCAUGCUAGUGCUGUGGAGGAAGCAUUGAGGAACAACUGGAAAGUAGACAAUAAGAAGGGACAGAAUGUCCAUUUGAGAUAUGCUGAAUACAUGCUUAGUCCUCAGAAGACAAAAGAUAAUGAGGAGUACAAAUCAAAUCCUUAUGUUAUCAAUAUUCCUGUCGAAGAAGAAAGGCCUAAGACAUCAGGUGAGGUGUACAAUGAAAUGCUAGAGCAGCUGAGAAGAAUGGGGCCCAAGGGCAGAGUUAUGCUUGAAAAUCUCAAUAAAAAACUUGCAGAAGAAGGGAAGACCACUAUAAACGUCAAUGAGAUGGAACACUCAACAGAACCUGCUAAUGGACAAGAUAAGACGGAAGCACAACAGAACAUCAGUCCAGAAUCGUCAAAGAAUACUGACUCAAAACUGAGUAAACGUGGGCUUCCAAACAGAAAAAGGAGAAGAAGGAAUAUACCUACAAUUGGGAAAACCGCAACACAACUGACAGUGCAUGAUGAAGAAGCUGAUAAUGCUGCAGAAGAGAUGGAAAUGAAACCAGACGGAGAGGCUGACUUCCGAGGCCGCAUCAAUGAGUCAACCACCAACGACCAAUCAAACAGUGAGUUCUGGUCCUCAUUCUCAUCCAGUGAAGAGAGACUGCUGGAGUGUGAAGGCUUACUGCUCAACCUGCCUCUCACCCCUCACCAUGUGUGUGAGGCUCAUCGUCCCGAGAGUAUCCUGGCCCGUGCCUCCAGCCCAAACACCGUGUCAUAUAAGGUGCCUAGUAACGGAUACUACUUCUUCGUCUUCAACAGUGAGAACGAGGUGCAGCCCAACUUCCUCCGCAUUCAUUUCAGACUGGAGAAAACAACAUACAACGUGACCAAUGCAGUUGCUGCCUGUCACAACCAGACGGGCUCCUGCUCUCUCCCACUCCGGUUCUGGUCUCAGGACAAGGUCAUCCUAGAACUCCCGGUGCGCCCCAAUGACACUCUUUGGAAUGAGGAAUUCCUGGCAGUCUCCACUUGUGAACCACGGACAACUCUGUACAUCGCCUGUGUGAUUGCUGUCCCUCUUCUCAUAAUCUUGUUUGCGUUCCAGUAAAAAAAACUAUACCUACCUAUUACUAAAAGUAUUCAGUUAUUGAUAAAGAUGUUAUAUUCAAA